GACGGUUGUAUGCUAUAUUGGGGAGAUGAUGCAGAUGCAAAUGUUUGUAGAUUCUGUAAUCAAGAUAGGUACAAGAUCUCUAGAAGGAGUCAACAACGACGUAAAUCAUACAGUCAGUUAUUUUAUUUGCCAUUAACUCCUAGGUUACAAAGACUUUAUGCAUCAAAGACCACUGCUCAACACAUGACUUGGCAUGCAAAUCAUCGAACAGAGGAGGGAUUAAUGUGUCAUCCAUCAGAUGCAGAGGCAUGGAAAAAUUUUGAUAGAACAUAUCCUGAAUUUGCGAAGGAGACUCGAAACAUUCGGUUAGGUCUUUGUGCUGAUGGUUUUGCUCCAUUUAGUAAAUCAGGAAGACAGUAUUCUUGUUGGCCAGUUAUAUUAACUCCAUAUAAUCUUCCACCUGGGAUGUGCAUGAAAACACCGUAUAUGUUUUUAACAUUAGUUGUGCCUGGCCCGCAAAAUCCAAAGAAGUUAAUAGAUGUUUAUAUGCAACCACUGAUUGCAGAGCUAAAACAACUAUGGGAUGAAGGGUUUCCUACAUAUGACGUCCAUACUAAUCAGAUGUUUGUUAUGAAGGCUGCUCUUCUUUGGACCAUUAAUGACUUUCCAGCUUAUGGAAUGCUAUCUGGUUGGAGUACUGCGGGAAUCUUAGGUUGCCCAAUAUGUAUGGAGAGAUCAAAGUCGAUCAGAUUGAAAUAUGGAAGAAAGCCGAGUUAUUUUGAUUGUCAUAGGCAAUUUUUACCAUUAAAUCAUAAUUUCAGAAGGAAUAAAGAUGAGUUCACUAGGAAUAGAAUUGAAAGAACACCUCCGCCAUUAAGAUUGACAGGUCAAGAUAUUUGGUAUAGAGUGUGUCACUUUCCAUCUGUUAUUGAAGAACCACAUGGUACAACAUAUGAAUAUGGAAGCACUCAUAAAUGGACUAAGCGGAGUAUAUUUUGGGAUUUACCUUAUUGGUAUAGUAAUUUAAUUCAUCAUAAUCUGGAUGUAAUGCAUAUUGAGAAAAAUGUUUUUGAUAAUCUCAUAAAUACAGUGAUGGAUAUUACCGGAAAAACAAAAGAUAAUUUGAAUGCAAGAAAAGAUAUGCGACUAAUUUGUAAACGACCCACUCUUGAUGUGGAUGAAAGUAGUAGGGGACCAAAGCCAAAGGCAAUUUAUACAUUGAAUAAAGAACAGAGACGUGUUGUUUGUGAAUGGUUGAAAUCAUUGAGAUUUCCUGAUGGGUAUGUCUCUAAUCUUGGGAGAUGCGUCGAUAUGAAGGAAUUCAAAUUGAUUGGUUUGAAAAGUCACGAUUGUCAUAUAUUUAUGGAAAGACUUAUUCCAAUUGCUUUUAAGGAACUCUUACCAAAUUUUGUAUGGGGUACAAUUACGGAGUUAAGCAUUUUCCUUCAUGAUAUUUCCUCAACAGUUUUGAGAUAUUCACAGAUGGAGAAGUUAGAAAGAGACAUUCCAAUUAUUUUGUGUAAUUUAGAAAGAAUCUUUCCACCUUCAUUUUUUGAUUCAAUGGAACAUCUUUUGGUUCACUUGCCAUACGAGGCCAAAGUUGGAGGACCAGUCCAUUUUCGAUGGAUGUAUCCAUUUGAAAGAUUUUUAUAUCAUUUGAAGAAAAAAGUAAAAAAUAAGGCACAUGUUGAAGCCUCUAUUGUUAAUGCAUACAUUGUGGAGGAAGUAACAACUUUUGCAUCGUAUUAUUUUGAGCCUCACAUUCAGACCAAAAGACGAAGACCUGGAAGAAAUGAUGAAGGUCCUAUUGAUCCCAAUACGAACAUAUUCUCAAUUUUUAAUUAUCUUGGUCGACCGAGUGGACAAUGUAAGCAAAGAUAUUUAACUGAUCAAGAAUGGCGAGCAGCCCAGACAUAUGUUUUACUUAAUUGUCCAGAAGUAUCACCAUAUUUCGAGAUUUUUCAAAACUUGUAUUCUGAUAUGCCAACACUAGAGUUUGAUCGUUUCUGCGAUCAAGAAUUUGCACCUUGGUUCAAAUCAUAUGUUUAUGAUAAUCAAGCUCAUCUCGAACAUCAAAUGUUAUUUCAUCUAUCUUGGGGUCCAAAAGCAAUGGUCAUUAGAGGUGAGACAUUAUCACUGCAGAUUCUCGCUCUCUGACUUUUAUAUUAUGGAUAUUUUUCGACGGGCACGCCAUAGACGACACCAUUCAAGCAUUGGCCAGAUUGAUUCACCAUCUGAUAGGAUGGUACCUACGCCCUCCCCUCAGGCAGGACCUUCUCGUGGGCAGUCGCCAGCAGAACCUUC